AUGAAAGACUGUGAUGGCACCUUCCGUCUCAAGUGUUGUGCUGAUGAAUGUGGUUGCAAUGAGUUUGAUCCUGACGAUAGUGGAAGAACUUGCUCCGAUUGCGGCCACCGACGUCGACGCUCACGAUCAUCCUCACCGUCGUCCUAUCAAGCAGCACGUAAGAGGAUACGCACAUUCGCGCCAGCUAACGGAGCAUACCCGGAGUCCCACUUCUACAUUGAGAACACAGACGUGAUCGAAAAGCUGGGCACGCUUCUGUUUGAUCGAAAAUUUUGCCUCGUAUGUGGGCACAGACAGAGUGGGAAAUCGACCAUUGCAUUUGCUCUGAAGCGGUGGCUUUACAGCUGUUCAUGGGCAUCCGAUUUUGCAAUAUGCUACAUAUCUUUCAAUAGUGGAGUUGUAUUUGAUGAGGGAGUCGAAAAGUUCUGGUGGUCGAUGCUUGACUCAUUACGUGUCGCAGAUCGAAAUGUAUUUUCUUUUGACAAUUGUAAGGGGAUCGCAACAUCAACUACCUUCAAGGAAUUCUUCUCGAAGACAUGUUCUUAUUCGAGAAAGCCUACAAUUCUUAUCAUUGAUGAGGCAUCAAAGAUGUAUGAUUUAGGCAAGAACAAUGUCGACAUUAACACCGACAAGAUUAUUAACGAAUUCAUCGUGACAUUGCGGGAUCUUAAAGAUGACUGUGAUCAGUACUGGUUGUACUCUGUCAUACUGCUGGGCACUGAGUCAGUCAGGGAGGUCCUGGCCACCUGUCAAAGGCCUGGAUCAUCUUCGUUAAUAUCUCCAUUCUCUGCAGAGGCAAGUUUCGACAUGGUCCGGUUUACAGUAAAUGAGAUUGAGGAUCUGCUUCACCAGUUUUCUGAGGAAAACGGGUUCCAGCUCAAUCUAGCUGAAAUUGCUGCAGACAUUUUCCAUCUCACCUUUGGACAUAAGGGACUUGUUGGCUUAUGCGGAUAUUAUCUCGAGUACUUUGUUGUGGAAGGCAAAUGCAGUGUUUCGUUCAAUGACUGGACAAAACACACUACUGUUGAUUUACCCAUAUUCGUAACGGGACAGGCAACCUACUAUUCCAUCAUUCGAGCACUCAGACACCUUUCGGUGAAUCAGAUGAGAAUUCUUGGCCUGGUCCUCCGCAAUGGAACCCAUAUAGCUUUUCGGGAUGAUGAUGAUGUGAAGUUCCUACUAGCAGAGGGAAUGGUAAUAAUUCAGAAACAACUGAAUAUUCGAGAGGUUAUAAUCCAGUGUUCUGCACCCCUUCUUCGGAGCAUGAUGCUUUCACACAUAAGUGGGCCUAGAGUCAACCUAGCCGAAAAUGUGCCAGAUGUUAAUGUUCUUGAUGCACAGUGGUUGCUGGAGCAUACCAUCGAA